AUGGCACAGACUUACAAUCAAAAGAGGAACGUCUACAGCAUCGAUCAAAUUUUGGGACACGCCAAGAGUGAUGUGGACCAAGCAGCGACGGCGGACGCGCUUGGCUCCCAUCACGACCACGGCGACUCGGAGCUCAAUCUCAGCGACCACCAAAUGAGCGACUCUAUCGACCUGAGCGAGUCGGAUCGGCCGCGCAAAGUGCGCCGUUCGCGCACAACCUUCACCACGUACCAGUUGCACCAGCUCGAGAGCGCCUUCGAGAAAACUCAGUACCCCGACGUGUUCACGAGGGAGGAGCUCGCCAUGAGACUCGAUCUCUCGGAAGCUAGGGUACAGGUGUGGUUUCAAAAUCGUCGUGCCAAGUGGCGUAAAAAGGAGAAGGCCUACGGCAGAGACACGAGUUUCAUCCACGUCGAUCAACCAGGUAAACAGACGGUUAAAAAAUUCAAUACAUUUAAUCCGAUAACAUUGAAUAUUCGAGCUUCUAAAGUUGCACGAAAAAAAAAGGUCAGCUUGGUCAAAUAG